AUGCAAUCAUCACCUGGAACCGCAGAUGUACAUCAGAUUGAGUUGCACGAGAACAGAGGACACCGAGAAUCAGAAAAUGUGAUACAACUGGUAACCAAGAGACCUGUUUCGGGUAAUCUAACCACAGCUAAAGUUUAUCCAAUCUCGGACAAUACUGAUCCGAUAGAUCUAGAACCAGAAGGUCAUGGAUUUUGUGGUUAUUUCCUGAUAGCUUUGGCUGUGCUGAUGUAUAUCUUUCUCUUCCCCAUCUUAGUCUUGUUCUCCUUCAAAGUGAUUCAGUCCUAUGAGAGGGGAGUGAUGCUGCGGCUGGGCAAGUUACGCAAACACAAAGGCUCGGCUAUCAUGAGCUCGGGGAUUCAGUUUGUUUUACCUUGUGUGGAUACCAUUCAAAAGGUGGACAUGCGAACUAUAUCUGAAGUGAUCCCACCUCAGGAGGUACUGACCAGAGAUUCCGUUACAGUGACUGUGGAUGCGAUUGUCUACAUGCGAGUGAUUGAACCAGCCAGUGCAAUUCUUCGUGUGGCUAAUUGGCUUCAAUCGACGGGACUGUUGGCGGUGAGCACACUUCGGAGUGUUCUUGGACAUUAUGACCUAGCAGCUCUUUUGACUAAUCGAGAGGAAAUUGAUACUUACUUGAAAAAAAGUCUGGAAGCGGCUACUCGUGAAUGGGGGAUAAAAGUGGAACGAGUUGAAAUCAAAGAUGUGGCUCUCCCACAAGAUAUGCAACGAGCCAUGGCCGCCGAGGCUCAGGCCACGAGGGCAGCCUGUGCAAAAGUAAUUGCGGCCAAGGGUGAAUUGGAUUCGGCGCACAUGCUUCAACAAGCAGCCCAAACAAUGAGUGGUUCACCGGCCGCGUUGCAGCUUCGCUAUCUACAAACACUGGCCACAAUUGCAACCGAACAGAAUUCGACCAUCAUAUUUCCGUUACCAAUUGAGCUGAUGUCAGCGCUUACAUCCAGAAAUAAAUGA